AUGACAACGGAUAGGUUUCACAAAGCGGCCAAAGAUGGCCUAUUGGAGGUUCUCCGAGAGGCGACGAGGAAGGAAUGCAACAACAAGGACGAGUCCGGCAUGACGCCAACAUUGUGGGCUGCCUUCGAAGGACAUAUAGAAGCUCUUAGAUUACUAUGUGGAAGGGGGGGUGAACCGGACAAAGCCGACUACUUCGGAAAUACCGCCCUGCACCUAGCAGCCGCAAGAGGUCAUAAGGAAUGUGUAACAUUUCUGGUGAACUUUGGUGCAAAUAUGUACUCGUUGGACGUCGACGGACACACGGCGCAGGAGUUAGCCGGCAUCAAUGGACGAGAGGAUAUAUUGCGUUUCCUUGAUCAAGCCGCUGGGAAAUUAGAAAAUAAUGACAAAAAAAAGGCUAAAUCUUUAAAGGAGAAAUCCAAAAAGGAGCAUGAAAAAUUACAAAAGCAGUACACCAAACGGCAAAGCAAAGCUGAAAUAUUAGCAGAGAAGGAACUAAAGAAGUUAACCAAGGAAUGGGACAACGGUUAUGAGGAAGCCUCUACAAUGCCUCACAGACCUAGCAAUGUAUUGAUGGCCCUUAAACAGAAGAUGACUCGGUCGUCUAGUCAAGGUAACCUUUUAGACGAACAGCCCCGUCCGACUUACAGUGCUUUAGUAGGAACAGUGAGCUCUGGGGCUCGAGGCCGGGGGGCAGUUUAUAAGAAAGCCCUCGCUAGCAAACUGAGGAACGGUACUUUAGGAAAGAAUACGGCAAAUAAAGAUGAUUUUAAGGUGGGGGAAGUAGAAACAACGGGUCGUCGUUCAGUGACCUCGCUGAGCGGACUGCGACGAGACUCGGAGGUGAUGUACGUGGGCACUUUCGGCGCCGGCCCGCAACAACGCGGGGCGGUCGCGGAUGUCUUCAAUGAUACGACAGAUACAAGAAAACCUACGCUCACUAGGUCGGCCAGCCAGCCAGAUUUCUUAGCGGCCAUGCAAGGCGAAGACAGCGGCAUCGGUCAGGAGGUCCUUCUGCAGGAACCUGCCAGUAUUUUCGAUAGACCUGGCUUUGGGAGUGUAGCAUUCAGGCGUUCAAUAACAGCGACCCUGAGCGCUUUACCAGCCAGCGAGGAGCUGUCCAUCGGGUCGGCGGGGUCGCUGGCGGCGCGCCACGCCUACCAGCCCGCCGAGUGGGCCUCCACACAAUCAGGUAGUUCCACAAUAACAUCCGAUGAAGAAGGAGAAGCUGACGAAUCUGGAUACUCGUCUCUAGAAAGAUUUCUUACCGCAUGGGGACUGUCACAAUAUAUACAAAAAUUCAAAGACGAACAGAUUGACUUAGAUGCUCUAAUGUUGCUUACUGAAAGCGAUUUAAAAUCCUUAGGACUACCUCUAGGACCGUACAGAAAAUUAGUGACUGCAGUACAAGAAAGAAAGCAAGCGUUAUCUCACCCCGGACCUAUGAUUGACACGGCUAUA